AUGAUAAACGAGUAUGCACCCUCGUGGUGGACGCGAAUGUGUCGCGCAUUGGUGCGAAUGGUGCAAGCCGCGUGGUUCCACCUGACCAAGGAAGAAGCUUAUCCUGUCUUGUCAGCUGUCGCCACUUUCCUAGUCAUUCUAGUCAUUGGAUACGGGUUGAAUUACAUGAAUCAGGAGUCGAGACCGAAAAAGGAGAAACCCAAGCACCAUAAUGCGGAAGAAUGGCAUCCGGAAGAUCCACACGCUAAGACGGAGCCACCUGCCAAGCCGAAUCCUCAGGCCAGGCUGCAGCGGGCUCUAUCCAUUAUGAACCCGCACAUACAUGAGCUACGGGCCGAAAGCUACUUUGGUAUGAUUCGUUUGCUCAAGCCAGGAUGUCGCUCCCUGAUCCUUCUCGUCGAUGAACAGAGCAAGGAGAAGCUCAUGAUGCAGUUUGCUCAGUAUAUACUACCGCUAAGGAACAAUAAAACCUUCUCAUUUGGUUUCCUUAUGGUUGAGAAGAAUCUGCCAUGGUUCCGUAAGCUCCUUGAGCACACACUUCCGAUUGGGGAAAACGCAGGUCCCAAGGAUGGGGCUAUGUCACUGUAUGCAAAACUGAAGUCAAUUAACCCUCGUCAAACCGUCGGAACAGUGCUGGCACUUUGCGGCUGGAAAUUAUACUUUUCCAUCUACCAUCCUAUGCAUACGGCUGGCAAGAAGAAGCCAAGUCAUCAUUUUCUGGGAUUCGACGAUGACGACGAAAUCAGUAGCGACACAGACAGCGAUAACGCCACUGCGGAAGAUGACUCCAUGAUUCGUCGUAAUGGUAACCCUGUCAGCGUAGAGAACGUGCUGAAUGGAUUUCCAAACUGGUUGGAUCGUCUCUUGGAAGGCUCAAUUCGACGCUACUACAUACCCGAGUGGCCGGAUAAUCUUAGAUAA